CGGGAACAAUGUCAACAAGUCAUUCUGCACAAACUGCAACAAACAUACAUUCUACUGUCCCUGACACAACGACAAAUCAUCUGACAACGGAAGUCUCUACCGAGCAACCAACAACGAAGUCCACAGAGUUAACAACGAUGGCUACAACAAACAUACAAACUUCUGUCCUAGAAACAACGGAGGGACUGACAACUUACCAAACCUCUACUGAUGAGCCAACAACAGAGCCCAUGUCAACGACAUUUUCAACAAAGAGUACAACAGACAUCUAUACUAUUAGUCCAGAAACAACAACGGGAGAAGUGACAACCUAUCAGACCUCUACAGCGGAGGCAACAACGGAGCCCAUAUCCACAAGGUUUCUAACAAAGAGAACAACUGACACACUUACUUCUGUCCCUGAAACAACGGAGGACAAAUUGUCUACUUACCAUAUCUCUACCAAGGAACCGACAACGCAGCAGUUGUCGACAAGGCCUCCAGCAACAUAUACAUCAAAUAUACACACUACAGUCCAAGAUACAACGACGGAACAUUUGACAAACUACCAAACCUCUACAGAGGAGCCAACAACAGAGCCGAUGUCUACAAAGGUUUCAACUAAGUAUACAACAAACAUACAUACGUCUAGUCCUGAGAUAACGACGGAACAAAUGUCAACCUACCAUACCUCUACCGAGCAGCCAACAACGAAGCCAGAACCAAAGGCUACAACAAACAUACAUAGUACUCGUCCAGAAACAACAUCGUCAGCAACCUUGGAACCUGCCUCUACUAGGGUUGCCACAAAGGCUACAUCAAAUGUGGUUACUGCCAAUCCAACAACAAUAGAGUCAACGUCAAGGGCUACCCUAGACAGAACAACACUGUCGUCAACGGAUGGUGAGCAAAGUACUGGGCGUCCAACCCAUAAAGCCCCCACCACUGAUUUUCUUGAAAUUUCACUUCCUAUAACGAGUGUAUUUGAAACAACGGAACAAUUGAGAACUCACCAGAUGUCUACCGAGAAACUAACAACGGGGCCUAUGUUGACAAGCCUUUCAACAAAUCCUGCAACAACGACGGAAUAUCAGACAACUCCUAAUAUAUCAAGAGAGAAGCCAACGACGGAAUCUGUGUCGGCAAGCAAACACACUUCUAGUCCAGAAACAAAGACGGAUCAUUUGACAACGUACCAGGCCUCUUCCGAGCAGCCAACAACCGAGUCUGUGUCCACAGAGUUUACAACAAACUCUGUAACAAGCGAACACACUACUAGUCCAGAAACAAAGACGGAUCGUUUGACAACGUUCCAGGCCUCUACCGAGCCGCCAUCAACGGAAUUUGUGUCCACAGAGUUUCCAAUACAAUCUACAACAAACAUACAUACUACUGUCCUUGAAACAACGACGGAACAUUUGACAACUUCCCGAAUCUCUACCGAGAAGCCAACAACGGAGUCUGUUUCGGCAAAGUUUCCAACACAAACUACAACACAUAUACACAGUACUGUCCCUGAAAAAACGACGGAACAUUUGACAACUUCUCAAAUCUCUACCGAGAAUCCAACAACGGAAACAAUGUCCACAAAGUUUCCAACACAAACUACAACUAACAUACAUAGUACUGUCCCUGAAACAACGACGGGACAUUUGACAACUUCUCAAAUCUCUACCCAGAAGCCAACAACGGAAACAAUGUCCACAAAGUUUCCAACACAAACUACAACACAUAUACAUAGUACUGUCCCUGAAAAAACGACGGAACAUUUGACAACUUCUCAAAUCUCUACCGAGAAUCCAACAACGGAAACAAUGUCCACAAAGUUUCCAGCACAAACUACAACAAACAUACAUACUACUGUCCCUGAAACAAGGACAAAUCAUCUGACAACGGAAGCCUCUACUGAGCAGCCAACAACGAAGUCCACAGAGUUGACAACGAUGCCUACAACAAACAUACAAACUUCUGUCCGAGAAACAACGGAAGGACUGACAACUUACCAAACCUCUACUGAGGAGCCAACAACUGAGCAUACAUCAACGAGGUUUUCCACAAAGUUUACAACAGACAUCCACACUAUCAGUCCAGAAACAGCAACGGAAGAAGUGACAACCUAUCAGACCUCUACAGAGGAGGCAACAACGGAGCCCAUAUCCACAAAAAUUACAACUGACACACUUACCACUGUUCCUGAAACAACGGCGGACAAGUUGACAACUUACCAGACCUCUACAGAGGAACCGACAACGCAGCAGUUGUCGACAGGGGUUCCCACAAUUACUACAUCAAAUAUACACACUACGGUUCAAGAUACAACGACGGAACAUUUGACAAACUAACAAACCUCUACAGAGGAGCCAACAACAGAGCCGAUGUCUACAAAGGUUUCAACUAAGUAUACAACAGACAUACAUACGUCU